AUGAGUGGGGGAACAAAAGUGAUAGAUUCAAGUGGUUCAUCCUCAGUAUUGACUACUGAUAAUAAGGAACCAGUUAAUGAAUCACUUUCAGAACGUGAUCAUCAAGCCAUAGCCCUAUUUGAACAAGCGAUUGAAAAGGAACAAUCGGGACUGAUGCAAGAUGCAGUGGGACUUUAUAGACAAGCAUUUAAAUUAAAUGAUAGAGUUGAUUCAUUAUAUCGAACAGAAAGAGUACCGUAUGCUCUUAAGAAACUUAAAGAGGAACGAGGUAAGAAUGUUAGAAGAGUUGAUGAAGAUCAAGUUAAAAAAAUUGAUGUGGAUAAAUUAUUAGCUAGUUUUAUUCAUCAUGAUGCUAUACCUUAUGAUCCAAAUAAUACUGAAGAUGAAGAUGGUAUGACUAUUAAAUUUGUCAAUCUUGGAAUUGAAGAAACAGUUAAACAAGUUGAACCAGUAUCUCCCUUGAUUAAUCUUCCGGAUGAUAUUUGGUAUCAUAUUAUUGAUAUUAUGAUUUUAACAACUCCAGAAUCAUGGUUUAAUUUUUCAAUCACUUGUAAGAAACAUGCUUAUUUAGGACUUGGAUCAUCUCAUAGUUGGAGAAAGAUGUGUAAUUUAGCAUAUAAUAAUCAAAUCUAUGAAGAAAAUAAAUUAUAUUUAAGUUCAUUACCACUUGGUGCAUCAAUUGAAACCAGAGAAUCAUUACCAAUUCCUACUGAUCUUGUACAAAUAUUACCUCAAUAUAAUAAUUCAUAUAAACAUAUGCUUCGGGAAAGACCAUUUGUUAAAUUCUUAGGAUGUUAUAUUAGUAUAGUUAAUUAUUAUAUUGAAGGAGGUAGAUCUGAAUUUUCCAAUAGUUGGGCUAAUCCAGUUCGAAGUAUGACAUAUUAUAGAUAUAUUCGAUUUUAUCCUGAUGGAACCUGUGUUAAAGUAUUGACUGCUUUAGAACCUAAUAAAGUAGUCCCUUAUUUACUGAAGAAGAAUAAAAAUCUCGCCAAUACUAUUUUAGAUACUGCUGUUAAUGCUAAUACUACAAGUUAUCAAAUUAAAGAAGGUCAAAGAAUUUAUCAUGGGACAUGGACGGUAUCAGUUGAAGGAGAAAUCCAUAUAACUAUUGAUAAUGGAGCUGUACCAUAUUAUAUAUUCCAUUACUUCUAUGAUAUCAAACCAUUAGGAGGGAUCUUCAAACAUAAUAAAUUAACAUGGGGAAGAUAUUAUGCUAUUAGAAAGAAGAUGGGACCUGAAGAUGAAAGAGAAGGAGAAGUUGUAACCUUCCCAUUAAAGAAUGAAAAGCCAUUUAAAUUCCUGAGAGUAAAGAGUUACAAACUAGAUAAUUAG